CCACCAAAAUUAACCUCUCUCUCUCAGCUCUGGGCAAUGUCAUCUCAGCCCUGGUAGAUGGCAGGUGCAAACACAUCCCCUAUCGAGACUCAAAGCUGACCCGGUUGCUGCAGGACUCCCUUGGAGGAAACACCAAGACCCUCAUGGUGGCCUGCCUGUCUCCUGCUGAUAACAACUACAACGAGAGCCUCAGCACUUUGCGCUACGCCAACCGGGCAAAGAACAUCAAGAACAAGCCCCGUAUCAAUGAGGAUCCCAAAGAUGCUCUGCUGAGGGAGUAUCAGGAGGAGAUCAGGAAGCUGAAGGCCAUUUUGGCUGAACAGAUGAACACAAAUAACUUGUCAGGUCUGUUACCUGCUGAGACUGCUCAGCUGGAAGUGAAGCCAGCUCUCCUACCUGAACCCCAGCCAGAUGUCGAGGCAGAGAAGCAGCUGAUCAGAGAAGUAAGCCAGGGAGCGUGACCCCCAAGUUACUUCCUGCUGGGGG